AGAGUCUGCUGUAGUUAAAAGACGCUUGUGUGCACUUUCCCACGCAGUUAGGACAACUUACUAUCAUGGCACUCGGUGGAAAACGCUUCUCGGUCGUUGCGACAACGGCUCUACCAAGUUUUUACUUUUACAUAUCCACGUUUUGGUGCUACUAGGGCAUUAAUCUACCUUGGCAUGACAGAUAAAGAUUAGUUAGCAUGUUAGCGAGCUAGCUGGACAGCCUCAGCAUCACACAGCGACCACACCUGCCGGUGACAGUGUGGCUGCAGGUUCCAAGCAGACAUGGGUAAACUACAGAGCAAGUUUCGCAAGAGAUCUGAUCUCUACAGGGCAUCUCAGGGGGAGAAGGCGGAUAAUACCUUUGACAGUCAGGUGGUGCAGUAUGAACCUGCUCAUCAAGGGUCCACCAACACUGUCACCAAUCUCAGCCCAGACCUCUGUGUUUCUGGUGGAAGUGACCAGGCUGUGGUGGUGUACGAUUGGAAACAAGGCCGGAUGUGUCAGUCCUUCCAGGGUCACAACCGGGAGGUUACCAAGGUGGUGUGUUAUCCAGGCAGCACAUGGAUCUUUAGUGCCUCACGGGACAAGACUGUUCUGAUGUGGGACCUAAAUCAGGGGGACGAACCUAUUCAGGAAUUUUGUGGUCAUGAGUUGGUGGUCAACGGAUUAGCUAUCAGCCCUGAAGGGAGAAAGCUGUGCACUGGUUCUCGUGACAACUGGAUGUGCCUGUGGGAUAUAGAAUCUGCAAAAUGUGAACAGAGACACAACAUUUCUAGAAACCUGGUGACUCACGUGUGUUGGGUGCCAGGCAGCUCCUCUAUAGUCCAGACCUCUGAGGAUAAGACCAUAAGGGUGUGGGACAGCCGUGCAUGGCAGGUGACCAAUACCUUUCCAGCAAAGCAAUACAUCCAAACCCACUGUGACGUUUCACCAAAUGGAAACUACCUGGUGUCCAGCAGCAACGGCUUCGGAGGACAGGGCUGUGAAGCUACACUCUGGGACCUGCGCCAGCCUGGCUGUAAAGUUGUGGAGUACAGAGGUCAUCUCCAGACCACUGCCUGCUGUAUGUUUCUGCCUACGCCUCCUGGUGGCACAGCUCAGGUAGCAACAUCCUCCCAUGACAGCUCCGUCAAAAUCUGGGAUCAGAACACAGCAGUCUGUUUAGCGACGCUGUCUAUGGAUGGUGCUGGUCCACUGGUUUGUCUGGCUCCCACUGACUCCACCAACAUGCUGUGUGCCAGCUUCAACAACGGCCUCCAUCAUAUCCAGAUGGGCCACGGGUCAAACCAAUCUCAGGUUUCUGGGGCAGGUUCAGGUGGAGCUGGUGGCCUGGACAUAAAAAUUGUGGCGCGCUUCUGACAGCCCAGAAGAGCCUGGUGUGACUCGUAACCAUGACCUGUGAACAGAGAGUGACUCAGCGCAGUGACUCACUGGAUAUGGACGUCAUGUUGGUUGUUUUUUCUUUUUUCUUUUUUUGUACAAUUUUACACGUCUAUAGACAUUUUUUGCUUUACUAGACUGCCAUACAGUGAAGAAUGACAGAAGAGAGAAAAGGAGCGACGUGUAUGGAGGAUGCACCUUUCGUCUAGCAAAACCACCAGGAUGCCCAUCAUAGCUGCUUAUCUGGAAAACUGGUCAGUAAGUCACAUUACCCAUUAACUCAACUUUAAACAUCAAAAUGAUCCUGAUGGGAUUGCUGCCUUCUUGGACCAAACCAGAAUAACUGGGAUUACUCUCAGUUUUACGCAAUGCUUCAGCUAGGUGGAUGUGUACAUGUUGCUGUUUUUGAUGCUGCUGAUACAUGUUUGGAGGACAUCUUAAUGAGACAGGGGUGGUGUUGAAAAUGUGGAAGCACUCUUAGAGCAGGAAAGUUAGCUAAUUGGUGAGGUGUUGCUUCUCUUAACUCUGAUAGAGAAAUAAAAGCCAAAUGGAUUUUCAUACUGAGAGUAUGAAAUUUGGCUUUUUCUGAACAAAGUGUAGUUGGUGCACUUUGUGGAAAGUUGUUUUAUCACCAUAACAGAGUUUUGCGGAACAUGCGUAUGUUGAUAAUAAUGUAACCGUUGAUUAGUUUGUACUGUCACUUUAAUAACCUGCUAUCUUUAGACCAAAACGACACCGAGACACAAGACUGUAUGAACGUGAGCUUUGUUUAAGAAUUCAAUUUAUAAUGGUUUUAAAGAAACAGAUUCUGAUAUUUUUUUUUUAACUGAAACUGCCGAUAGCUGAUGUUUGGUGCUGAUACCCAGUAUAUUUAAAGAUAUACUGUGCAGGAUUUUCACAAAAAAAAGUAUGGACUCAUACUAGUAUAAUCCCUCCUAAUCAUCACUUUUGACCCACGAGAAGCAUGUGGUGUAUUUUUCUGCAGAGACUCUGUCCUCUGCCUGUAUUUUUGUUGUUAUCUGUGCUCGAGCCCUUAUGGGCCUGUAGACCCACACCACUUAGGUGAGGUCGGCGUAUUAAAAGAAGGUAGCACCCAGGUGCUAGACUGUGAGCAGCAGGCAUCCAAGAGGCACAGUGCCAAAAAAGCCCACAAAUACAGUGAGGUGAAAGGCCAAACGAGUGAAUCUGGAGUUGGUUUUUACUUUCACUUUUGCUGGAGAGCAUGUUUACAAACAGAGACCAAUCAUCCUGCAGAGUGUACCUUUAAAUUUGAAAACUAUGACAACUUACUAUGCAAAAUACAGAAUAAUUCCCAUUUUUUAAUAUUGUUUGAAGAGAAAACAAAUAAUACAAAUACAUAUAAUACAAAUAUAAUAAAAGAUAAUACAAAUACAAAAGGAAUCUGAUCCGCAACAUGAAACCUGCUACCACUUUAAAGGUGCAGUCAGUGAUUCUAAUCCAAUACACUUUUUGUCAAAUCAUACAACUGUCUCCACACAGUGUGCAAGCUGUCUGCUCUGCGUUAGCGGGAAAAAAAAAUCGAGCUACACAACACUAUUCCAUCCAAUUAGAGACAGAGGGUGUUUGUGGUCAUGCACAGAAAGGAGAAAGGCCAUAAAAGUACAAAGCAUGAACUAUAGAGAAAGAUGGACAACACAUCUCCACUUAUCCCACUGCUAAAAAGUGAAGCCAAAAUAUUCCGGAUACGGCCGCUGCCAUUUUGCUCUGGUGACAUCAUUUAGAGCAAGAAUCUGUGCCAUAGUGACCUCUGGGUUAUCAUGUCCCUGCCCAUAAAAUGCUCUGACCAGUCACGAGCAACGUCAUUGAUUGUGAGCACACCAAUUGACACACACAGCUGUCAGUAAUGAUGUCAGUGUGUAUUUGUUAUUGGUGAUGUUUGUACAGCAUCAAAUAACUAAUUCAAACCAAACUUAUCAGAAAAACAAACACUUGAAAAUAUAGCAGUGUGAGAAGAAGCAGCUAAAAUGACGGAAACAGGGGGCGGGGUUCAUGACCUAUACUACAUUCAGCCACCAGGGGGUGAUCAAGAUGUUUUGGCUGCACUUCAGGAGAGCUCUCAUGUUGUUCAUCUUUAUUAUACAAUUUAUAGUAUAAAGAGAAAGGCAGUAGGAGUGAGAGGGAAGCUGAUGGGAGGGGUGUAUUUGUUUAGAUGUUGACUUCUAAUAUCAGCAAUCGUUUUCCAGAACUGCUGACUCCAUCGUUAGUGAGUGAACUUGGCCGCACAUGACAUUCCUACCACAACUGACAGUCAGGGGAUUAGUUAAACUACUCUUAUAUUAGAAGUGUAAAUUUGAUACUGAUUACUUUGUUAGUUUAUGCAGCUUAAAAAGUGACAUGGUUUUCCUUUUGUUUGCGGAUAUCCAGGUUACCAUCUCUCCUAAAGACAGUGGUUGCAAUAUCAUCCAGUCCCUUUUUAGAGAAUUAUCUGCAUCUACAAGAACAAAAUGGACAGGCUAGGAGGUAGGUUUGCCACGUUACCAGAAUUUCAAACUUUUUGAAAGUUUUUUUUUUUUUAUAGCUUUGGUACUUAGGACAUUAUUUAAUAUAUAAGUAAUGGUGAUUGUAUUGUUUAAAACAAGUGAUAUCAAAAAAAAGUAUCAAAGUAUCAAACUUUUGACAGCCUUAUUAGAAGUUGGGUUAACAUAACUCAGGUGAUUCCAAAUGCACUCAUGUGGAUCUUAAUCUGAAGGCAUAGAUUGGUUUAGUACCUACUAAACAUUGUCUUGGUUCAGGCAGGAAAGAUGCAGCAAUAAUUCAUUUUAUAUUGCUAAAAUUUAAGGAAUACAAAGGUGACCACACAUUUUGAGAGAAUUAAAUUUAUGGGUAUUUGUCACUUUAAACUUCACAAGCUGAUUUUAUAUAUCUGUUUGACACAUUAUGAUAAAGCAAUAAAUAAAUCAUUUGAUAAUGUCUGAGGAGUAAAUCCUGGUUCUGGCUCUUUGCAUCACCUGAGACUUGUUUUUUACUUGGUUACACACUUAGAUUUAAUAUGCCUCUAAUAUACUUUUAAUUUGAAUGCCUUCUUCGCCUCAUCCAGUAGAGAACUACAGAUAGAUAAAAUCAUUCAUUGCAAAUCAACUCACACUGUGAAAUAACUGUAUUCCAAUACAAAUCAACAGUAUGAUUACUGUGCGUUCUGUGAGGAAAGAUAGACACUUAAAUUUAAAUAUUCUCCUCUUUUCAGUAAUAUAAGUUUAACAAGUUUACAGCUGAAAGCAGGUAGGGCUGCACAAUUAAUCAGAAUAUUAUUUAAAUUGCAAUAUGGCCAAGUGCAUUAUGCAAAUCACAGAAUCUGCAAUUUUUUGAUGAAGGUAAAAUGUGUUAUAACAUACCAUCACACAGAGAUGCCCCGGCCUACAAAUAAUAUUCUAGAUGUAAGGGAUCAUGCUUGUUUGUUACAGACCUCGGAAAGGAAUCACAUCAUCAUCAUU